AGGGAGGAAACGUGAUCUAUAACCAUGGCUCAUGCCAAGCCAAAGGCCAAUGAUGGAAAAAUUACAUAUCCACCUGGAGUGAAAGAGAUCUCUGAUAAAAUAUCAAAGGAGGAAAUGGUUCGAAGAUUAAAGAUGGUUGUAAAAACUUUCAUGGAUAUGGACCAAGAUUCCGAGGAUGAGAAGGAGCUGUAUCUGAAUUUAGCAUUGCAUCUUGCUUCUGAUUUUUUCUUGAAACAUCCUGACAAGGAUGUACGUCUGCUUGUUGCUUGCUGCCUAGCUGAUAUUUUUAGAAUCUAUGCCCCAGAAGCACCCUAUACAUCACCAGAUAAACUGAAGGAUAUAUUUAUGUUCAUAACAAGACAGCUUAAGGGGUUAGAAGAUACAAAAAGUGCACAGUUUAACAGAUAUUUCUACUUGCUUGAGAACAUUGCCUGGGUCAAGUCAUAUAAUAUCUGCUUUGAACUGGAGGAUAGUAAUGAUAUAUUCACUCAAUUGUAUAGAACACUUUUCCAAGUUAUAAACAAUGGCCACAACCAGAAAGUUCACAUGCACAUGGUGGAUCUGAUGAGUUCCAUAGUUUGUGAAGGGGACACGGUUUCUCAAGAACUUUUGGAUACUGUUCUUGUUAACCUAGUACCAGCACAUAAGAAUCUAAAUAAACAAGCAUAUGACUUGGCAAAAGCUCUUUUAAAAAGGACAGCUCAAGCAGUUGAACCUUAUAUUACGAAU